GCGAGCGAGCAAGUACGCCGUCAUCGCAAGAUAAGAGUAGGUGAACUGGUGAACGGGCGUUGGCACUGGCUUGUCUGUCUGGCCGGCCAGUCCGCUCUGGCGCUCCGACUCGAAUACACGGCGUAUGCGCACCCGACGCACGAUAACUAGGCCGCUCUCAUGUGAUACACCAUCUCUCAUAUCAUGGCAGAAGUGUGCUCAGUGACCACUCAUAUAUAACGGCCCGCGACCGACCACCCAAAUGUGAACGAAAAUCUGAAGUGCCGAAUUUAAUUUAGCCAAUUUUAUCUAUGUGGGCUACAUGAUAAGUGUCAAGUGUUAAUAACAUUGUUUCGAAUUUUGUCACAAUAUACGGAUAUCCACCGUUAGGUAGACGUUUCUUGGAAUUGUUGCGAAUUUGUUUUGGUGAAUGAGUCAGUUAACAGGCGUCGGGAUUGUUAACUUCGUCAACGUGCUGCCUACGAUUUCUGAAGGCGUGACAAUGAGAGAAAAAAGGGGCGGCGCAAUGAGCAAAAUGCAAAAGCUUAGAAAGCGCCUGUCCCUUAGCUUCGGUAGAUUAUCAACAAAAGACGAUCCAGACGGUGACGUCAGCGAGUGCCGCGGCCGGCAGCAGAACGGCGGCGGCCGCGGCAAGCUGCCCUACAACGGGUACUCCGAGGAGUGCCUGGAUCGGCUCGAACCCAACGGGAAUAUACCCCACGACAAGGAGCCGCAUUACGAAUGGAGUGGAGGGGGGAAUGGGGAGUAUCGUGUGCGGAGACAGCUGUCAGUGUCGUCCGACUCCAAACUCCUGGACGAGGGUGCGAGGGAAGACGCCCGGGUGGUCAUGAGGCCUAAAAGGCCGCCUAGGCCCAAGUCAGAGGCCUUUUUAGGGCCGCAUGACCACUCCAACCGACGCACCAAGCGAUUUAGUGCCUUUGGGGGUGACUCUCCGUUCGGGAAGUCCGAAGCCUACAUAAAACUAGAGCAACUCGGUGAGGGUUCCUACGCCACAGUAUAUAAGGGAUAUAGCAAUUUAACACAGCAAGUAGUAGCACUGAAAGAGAUCAGACUGCAAGAAGAGGAGGGUGCGCCUUUCACGGCGAUCCGUGAGGCGUCGCUUCUAAAGGAGUUGAAGCACGCAAAUAUCGUCACGCUGCACGACAUAGUGCACACGCGGGAGACGCUGACCUUCGUGUUCGAGUUUGUGGACACGGACCUAUCACAAUACAUGGAGAGGCAUCCGGGCGGGUUGAACCACCACAACGUCAGACUGUUCAUGUUCCAGCUGCUACGCGGCCUGUCCUACUGCCAUCGGAGAAGAGUUUUACACAGGGACGUGAAACCACAGAACCUACUAAUAAGUUCACACGGCGAGCUCAAGCUAGCGGACUUCGGGCUGGCGCGGGCCAAGUCGGUGCCCAGCCACACGUACUCGCACGAAGUCGUCACGUUAUGGUACAGACCUCCAGAUGUACUGCUGGGCAGCACGGAGUACUCGACGUCGCUGGACAUGUGGGGCGUGGGCUGCAUCUUCGUAGAGAUGCUGUGCGGCGUGCCCACCUUCCCUGGCGUGCGUGACACGCAUGACCAGCUCGACAAGAUCUUCAAGGUGGUAGGCACGCCGACAGAAGAAAGCUGGGUGGGCGUCAGCCGGUUACCCGGUCUCCGGACACACGUGACCCGGUGGGGCACCUGCCCCGGCCGGCCGCUUGGGUCAGCCUUCCCCCGGCUGAGAGAGGGUGGGCGAGAGGCUGAGAGGCUAGCGGCCACGUUACUCCAGCCCGACCCCACCAGGCGUCUUGCGGCGCAUAGCGCGCUGUAUCACGCGUACUUCGCUUCGUUGCCGCCACGGUUGAGAGACCUGCCCGAUGAGGUGUCAAUCUUCACAGUGGAAGGCGUGAGCAUGCACGCCGAGAGCCGGCACGCCGCCAUCAAGUGAGCCCCAUAGCGCCUUAGUUGAAUCCGCAUCGUCGCCGCGUCGAUCGCCCACCGAACGUUCGCCAGCCGCCGAACGUCGCUCGCCGCCGAUCGCACCGCGCGCGACGUCAUUCGUUAGCUAGUACGUUUCAAUUCCUAUAGUUUUAACGUCGAAAUCUGGUUGAAUCGUCUCGGUGGACCAAUAUUUCGUGAUAGUUUCUCUUGUUAGUUUAAAAAACGCUCCACAGGGCAUCGAAUGCCAGCGGCAGUAUUCGUCUACUCCUCGCACCUUUCGUUCGUUGAUUGUCCAUCCGUCGAUCGCUUGUCGAUGAAUACUUAAGCGCUUGUUAAGCUUCUAACGGAAUAUCCAUCCAUAUAAUUCAAUUAUUCUAUGGUGACAAGGUAAACUGAUAGGUAUCGAGUGUACGAAUUAUAUGUAUAAAUAUAUAAACAGAGCAGUGUGCCAUGUAUAUCUAUAAUUGAGAAGAGUAUGAAGUGUUAUUUUAAAAGAUUUUUAUGCUGGAUAUAUGCUCAUAAUUUGGUAAAAAUUUUGAAGAUGUUUAUUUAUAAUAAGGGAUAAUUGUCGACGAAGUUUACUCCAAUGCAGUCUUAUGAAAGCUAUACGGUUUUUUAAUUGAGGCCUUUAUCACGAGUUCGCGAUUUGUGUAACCUAUGGUGUCAGGGAUAAUGCUCUAUAAUUGCGACAUGUUUUUUUCUAAACUUAUUUUAGUUUGAGUUAAAUGGCCGCUUAGAAAAAGCUUUUUACAAUAAAUUAAAUGACAAGAGGUACACCGAAGAGCAUUAUCUUUGUCGCCACAUCCUUUUUUGAUCUACUAGGAAGAGAAGCAUGCAUAUAAAUGCAUCUUAAGUACGAUCAAGUGCAAAGAAACGUACACUUGGGAACAUCGUUAACCCAGAUUGGCUGAGAUAACUCCACGUAACAACGCUUAACGCCACAACGUUACGCGAGCCUCGGGUGUACUUUUCAUUGUCCUUGACUGCACCGCACGUCCGUGACUCGUGUUAAGGGCCCCCUCACCUUAAUCUUGGCGUUUGUCUAAAUCUUAUGCACACAUUCCUUCCACGGUGCUCAAAUAGUAAGGUUAGGGUGGCGACUGGCGGAGUGGCGACUGCCACUGAAGUGAUACAACGUGAAUUGAUCAGAUACAAACUUACCAAAAUUAAUUUAUCGCGACCGAUCUCAAGUUAAGUGUGGGACCGUCCUACUGUAAAUUUUUACGUGAUAGUGAAUUCGAUUCGACUCUUGUGGUGUAUGAGAGGUAGAGUAGAUGGAAGGUAGAUUCCGUCUAGACUAAAGAUUAGUGAAAUUAAUCGGUUUAGUCAAAUUAGUGGUCCCCCACUGUAAGGUUAGGCAGUGUGUAGUGACGACCGGCGCAUCGGCAACUGACGAUUAGCUAAGGAAUGCGAUUUUUUCUAUCGUCUCUAGUGUAGAUACUAUCUAAAGUUGCAUUUGUGAUACAAGUCUGUAGGUAAUUUUACAUUUUAACCAGCAAUCUCAAGCGAAUAGUACAUCUGCUGAAACUAAGAUCCGUAACAUGAAUUGAACUCAAAAUUAGAUUCAAACUCAAGCAUAGCUGUAAGGAGCAUCUAUUCUUGGGUCAUAACUCAGUUAUGAGCUUCAAUUGACUUGUAAUAACUCUCAACUGGUAUGCAUAAUGUAUGAAAAUGCUAGGUAAUUAGAUUUUGGUUAAGGUAAAUUUUUGGCUUUCGUACACUCGUAUUUGAUUUGUCUAUGGUUCAAAAGUCAGAUUGCCGACUUGAACCAUAAAUGCAACUGAUCUAAAAUUAAUAUUAUGAUCUGUGAUUUGAAAAUAGUUUAUAGUCCUGUCGAAACGUAAACACCAAUUUGUGCCAACGUGUAAAUUAAAUUAAUGAAUCGCUUCAUUCGGACAGAUCUCGCGAUAGGACGAUCGUGGAAUCGCAUUUUGUAAACAAUUUUAUAACGAUAGGGGGGAAUGUAUAUUCACGUCAGGUGACAGUCUAGUCCGUAGUCAACUAAUGACAUCUUUCAUAAUGAUACAAUAACAAGUAGAUUGCCACUUUGUACAAUUUUACAGACAUUGUAUGAUACUAAUUAAUAUGAAAUGAACAAUAUUAAAAUAUAGUAGGAAUGGAGUAGGGUUACCAUAUGCAAAAAGUGUCUGAAUAUGACGUAAUGUAUUUAAUGAAAUGGAAUAACGAUACCUCAUCUGGUAACCUUGUUGAUAAGUGAAAUGAAAACGCUUUUUACUCCUGCUUGCAAUUACUCUGGUACUAAAUAAUCUGAAAUGACGUUCAUAGCGGUGGCUCUGUAAUGUGUAGCAAUAAAGGGUCACAUUAAAAGUUUUUCGAUAGGUUUACAAAAUUUGUACGUUCUUGAAAUAUACUUACCUCAGUGUAGGUCGAGAAGAGGCUAUAUUACGGGAUAUUAUGGAGCCUUAUGCACUGUGUAGUCCAGAGAUUUUAAAUAAAUAUCAUCCGAUAACUAUGUCAUUGGUAUGACUGCAGUAAUUUUUUAGGCUAAUAAUAAACUUAUUUUCUAAAAUGACGGUCAAAUGUCAAUGAAGCGAAUAUUUUUCGUUAUGAAAGUAAUUUACUAAUUCGUAAUUGAAAAUGAAUUGAUUUUCCACACAUCAUUCAAGGUUACUUUUAAUAGAUUGGCACCUUGACAUCAAGGACAGGUUUCAGGGUGGUUCUAUUUAAAAUUCAUGAACUGCACCGCAAUAAACGCACUGCCACUUCAUUAGGUAGUUUGAUAAGAGAUACGUAGGGAAGUCUUAGUUGUCUGUGUGCGCCGGGGAAAUAGUGAGCGUAGAUCAACUUAGUGUAGUGUGCGUGUACCGAAACAUACGAGUGAAUACGUAGCAGGAGACUAAAAAAAAUUAGCACAAAAGUGACAAUUUUGGCACAAAUUGGAACUCCUGCGACGCCCUGUAUAAAUUCGGUUGCGAACACCAAAAUAGUACGUAAAUUGUAUAGUCUGUGAAAUUCUAUAUUUUCUGUGUACAUGAUUUGUUGAGUUUUGUCUAUAUGUAUAUUUUUCGGUUGCGGCCACGAAAUCGGCGGUUCUACAGCGAAAACGAAGGGUUGGUGUUAUAUUUAGUGAAAAUAUUUCUCAAUGCUAUCUAAUUUUCACUCGGUGCAGAAGCU